CCGCCCCUGCUCCGCCCAUCAGCGGGUGGCCCCGGGGGACGCAGGGGGAGGGGCGCGGAGGCGGCUGCCCCUAGAUCCACGCAGCGCUCGGGAGCGUGCCCCGCACUUGACGCCUGCCCACGCUCAGAUCCCAUUCGUGCACUUAGCGGGACACGUGGCCAUCAGGAAUCAUGAGCAACCCAUUUGCACACCUUGUUGAGCCUUUAGAUCCUGCACAACCAGGAAAGAAAUUCUUCAAUUUGAAUAAACUGAAGGAUCCAAGAUAUGAACGCUUACCAUUUUCUAUCAGAGUUCUCCUGGAGGCAGCCAUUCGGAACUGUGAUCAAUUUUUGGUGAAGAAAAAUGACAUUGAAAAUAUCCUAAAUUGGAAUGUCAUGCAGCAUAAGAACAUAGAAGUGCCGUUUAAGCCUGCCCGCGUCAUCCUGCAAGACUUUACGGGUGUGCCAGCUGUGGUUGACUUUGCGGCAAUGCGCGAUGCUGUGAAAAAGUUAGGAGGAGAUCCAGAGAAAAUAAACCCUGUUUGUCCUGCUGAUCUUGUAAUUGAUCACUCCAUCCAGGUUGAUUUCAACAGAAGGGCAGACAGUUUACAGAAGAAUCAAGACCUGGAAUUUGAAAGAAAUAGAGAACGGUUUGAAUUUUUAAAGUGGGGUUCUCAGGCUUUUCGCAACAUGCGGAUUAUACCCCCUGGCUCAGGAAUCAUCCACCAGGUGAAUCUGGAGUAUUUGGCAAGAGUGGUGUUUGAUCACGAUGGCUAUUAUUACCCAGACAGCCUUGUGGGCACGGAUUCGCACACUACCAUGAUUGAUGGUUUGGGAGUUCUGGGCUGGGGAGUGGGUGGUAUCGAAGCAGAGGCAGUCAUGCUGGGUCAGCCAAUCAGUAUGGUGCUUCCCCAGGUGAUCGGCUACAGGCUGAUGGGAAAUCCCCACCCUCUGGUGACAUCCACUGACAUUGUGCUCACCAUUACCAAGCACCUGCGUCAGGUUGGGGUAGUGGGCAAAUUUGUCGAGUUCUUCGGGCCGGGAGUAGCCCAAUUGUCCAUUGCCGACCGAGCUACUAUUGCGAACAUGUGUCCAGAGUACGGGGCGACAGCUGCAUUUUUCCCAGUUGAUGAAGUUAGUAUCAAGUACCUGGUGCAGACAGGUCGUGAUGAAGAAAAAGUAAAGCAAAUGAAAAAGUAUCUUCAAGCUGUAGGAAUGUUUCGGGAUUUCAGUAACCUCUCUCAAGACCCAGAGUUUGCCCAGGUUGUAGAAUUGAACUUGAGAACAGUCGUGCCUUGCUGCAGUGGACCAAAAAGGCCUCAGGACAAAGUCGCUGUGACGGACAUGAAAAAGGACUUUGAGAGCUGCCUUGGAGCCAAGCAAGGGUUUAAAGGAUUCCAGGUUGCUCUGGACCAUCAUAAUGACCAUAAGACAUUUAUAUAUAAUAAUAGUGAAUUCACCCUCACUCAUGGUUCCGUGGUCAUUGCUGCCAUUACUAGCUGCACAAACACCAGUAAUCCAUCGGUGAUGUUGGGGGCAGGAUUGUUAGCAAAGAAAGCUGUGAAUGCCGGCCUGCACGUGAAGCCUUACAUCAAAACUAGCCUGUCUCCUGGAAGCGGUGUGGUCACCUACUACCUGAGAGAAAGUGGUGUCAUGCCUUACCUGUCACAGCUUGGGUUUGAUGUGGUCGGCUACGGUUGCAUGACCUGCAUUGGCAACAGUGGGCCCUUACCAGAAGCUGUGGUAGAAGCCAUCACCCAGGGAGACCUUGUAGCUGUUGGAGUGCUAUCUGGGAACAGGAAUUUUGAAGGUCGAGUCCACCCCAAUACCCGGGCCAACUACUUAGCCUCUCCGCCCUUAGUGAUAGCAUAUGCAAUUGCUGGGACCAUCAGGAUCAACUUUGAGAAAGAGCCACUGGGGGUAAAUGCAAAGGGACAACAGGUAUUUCUGAAAGACAUCUGGCCAACCAGAGACGAGAUCCAGGCGGUGGAGCGUCAGUAUGUAAUCCCUGGGAUGUUUAAGGAGGUCUACCAGAAAAUAGAGACUGUGAAUGAAAGCUGGAAUGCCUUAGCAGCCCCCUCGGAUAAGCUAUAUUGCUGGAAUCCCAAAUCAACAUACAUUAAGUCACCACCGUUCUUUGAAAACCUGACUUCAGAUAUCCAGCCUCCUAAGUCUAUAGUGGAUGCGUAUGUGCUGUUAAAUUUGGGGGAUUCGGUAACAACUGACCACAUUUCUCCGGCUGGAAAUAUUGCAAGAAACAGCCCCGCUGCUCGCUACUUAACUAACAGAGGCUUGACUCCACGAGAAUUCAACUCCUACGGCUCCCGCCGAGGUAACGAUGCCAUCAUGGCACGGGGGACAUUUGCCAACAUUCGCUUAUUAAACAAAUUUCUGAACAAGCAGGCACCACAGACUAUACAUCUGCCUUCUGGAGAAAUUCUUGAUGUGUUCGAUGCCGCGGAGCAGUACCAGCAGGCUGGCCUUCCCCUGAUCGUGCUGGCUGGCAAAGAGUAUGGCUCGGGCAGCUCCCGGGACUGGGCCGCCAAGGGCCCUUUCCUCCUGGGAAUCAAAGCCGUCCUGGCAGAGAGUUACGAGCGCAUUCACCGCAGUAAUUUGGUGGGAAUGGGGGUGAUUCCCCUCGAAUAUCUUCCUGGGGAGACUGCAGACAUCCUGGGACUCACAGGGCGGGAACGAUACACGAUCAUCAUUCCAGAAAACCUCAAACCACGAAUGAAAGUGCAGGUCAAGCUUGACACUGGGAAGAGCUUCCAGGCCGUCAUGAGGUUCGACACCGACGUGGAGCUUGCUUAUUUCCACAACGGGGGCAUCCUCAACUACAUGGUUCGCAAGAUGGCCAAGUAGGUCACCUGCACCUGGAGCUGCACCAGGAGGGAGCGAAGCGCCACCGGCCGGCCGGGCCCUUGGUGCAGAGCACCCCCCUCCACGUGUGGGCCUCCCCGCAGGGGUGCCGCCUUGCACACAUGCACGUGAGCACGGACGUGUUCUGGUGCCAUCCCUCCAGGCACAAAACGAGCAGUUUCUGCAUUCUCUAUUUUUGUGAAUCUUUGGCUCUCUCUCUGGAAUUUGGAAGCUCAAGUGGUGGCAAUGUCAGUAGUGCCAGAAAAGGAGAACUGAGCUUGUCUUUAAGGAAACUGAUUACAGGAUGUUGAUUUUUUCACUGUCAGCCUGAUAAGUCUUCUCAGAAGGCGUCGCCUGUCCUCUUUCCUGUUCGGCUCUGUUCUCCUCUGUUCGGUGAAACCUUUCCCUUGAGACUCCCUGGCCUAUGCAUAGUAUGCCAGAGUUAACUGACAUGGGUAGAUGAGAACUUUCUCCCACUUCAGAUCACAGUAGUGAUUGUGACUCCCCUGCCCCCUUCUUCCUUCAGAGCGGAUGAUCCAGACAGCUUGGAUCAGACACUGACAUUUUUUGAUUAUGUACCUUUGGAUGGAUCAACACUAAAGAAAUUGUGACAUUUUUCUUUUACUAUCUUCAAAAAUCGUCCCCAGAAAAUUUUUCAGUUAAGAGGAGGACUUUGGAGGUGGUUUUGGAGAGAGACUUAGAACAUUUGUAAUUUGAAGAAGAGAUUAAAUCUAUUUUCAAGCAAAA